UUUAUUUGGCCAAAUGUAUUUAUUCAUUAAGGAAGAAAAUAGGAAUAAGAAACUAGAGACUACUGUGUUAAGAUUAUCAUUGCAAAAGUGCUUGAGAAUAGGCUUUUGUAUCUGAGGCUUUUAUAUCUGAGGUUAUACCCAGUGGUUCUCAACUGGAGAAAAUUGGCAACCUCUGGAGAUAUUUUUGGUUGUACCAUCAGUGGACAGUUGGGAUGCUACUGACAUCUAGCAGAUAGAGGCUAGGGAUGCUGCUAAACGUCCUGCAUGCCCAAACAGCCCUCACAACAAAAGACAUAUCUGGCUCCGUAUGUUUAUUAGUGCCAUGAGAAACCCUGGUCUAGAUAUAUUUAAGGUAUAUAGGAGAAAGAAGAGAUACGAAUACCAGCACUGCGAUUAGAAAAAUUAACUGGCAAACUUUAACAGAACCCUGUGUGUAUAUGUUUUAUAACAUGUAAGAUUAGAAAAGAAAAAGCCUUAAAUGAUGGGAGUUCACGGCAAUAUACAUGUUGGGGUGAUGGUAAACCAUAAAAUGGUUGAUGAUGAUGUUCUAAGGUUGCUUUCAGCAUCAGAUCUGCCUCCAUUGUUGCUCCAUCAUUCUACCAAGUUAAGUGUUCUAGGACUACAAGUCUAGUGCUAGCCUUCCCCAUCUUGGCUCGUUACAUAGAAUCAAAGAUAAAACUUGGCAGGGGGCCUCUAACUUAUAAACGAUUUAGCUUUGGGGACAACACAACCUUCAACAGCCCCUUCGGCAGUCCCUCUAGAUAGGAUUAACUAUUCCAAGGAAGCCACAAGCCAGAAAGAGUUUGCCAAGUAAAACACCCACUUACAUAGUUUUUAGCAGACUGUUAAGGAGAAAAUGUGAUUUCCUAUGGUUUAAAAGAUCAAGAGUAUUCAUCUUUUGUAGCUCUAUGGCACCUAAACAGGUUUGGAAAGGAUCAACUUGAGAUAGUUGGUUUCAGUGUGUAACACACCAAAGAAAUAACUGCGUUUCUCUGUUGUGUUUAAUUAUUCAUGGUCUAUAGAAUGCUAGGCUUGGAAGUGACUUUUGAAAUUCUGUAAAUGGAGAUGCAGAGGGGCCCUGUGGCUUGCACUGGGUCACCCGUUAGUUAAAGUUAGCGGUACAGGUAGAGAAUCCAGGCUUCCUGAUGCUUUGCCCAUUUCUUUCCGGCUGUUUAUACCCUCAGGUCUGACCCUUGUAAUAUGUUCUUAAUUUGUACUCUGCCAUGGGAUGGAUUCAUACUAAGUGCCUCCAACUGUAAUGUUUCAUUUUAGGAACUACUUUUAUCAGCUUGUAUGUCCAUACAAGUAUACUGACUGGUGUCUUGAGUUAAAUUCUUCCAGAAAUGGCUAGUUCGAGGGAGUUCGCGGUGUUAUCACAGUCAAGUUUUGAAAGCCCUGGUCCCUAAUCUUAAAGCACAGAGGAUCUGCAGCUCUGGCUUUCCGAGCUCCUGCGGUCCCGCGUGUCGGUUUUAGGGAUCCUGUAGGGCCCACCUCGAGAUGUUCCAAAAUUCAAGAGUUGUCCGUCCUACACCAGCAAAAUCGGGACGCCCAAAGCACAUUCGGGAGUGGCGCCACAUAGGCGCCCGAGGCCGGAACCAGGUUGGGGCAGCUAGAGGGCCCGCCCGGAAGUUUUCAGGGGGCCGCCCCGGAAGUGCCGGGACUUCCGGUCCGUGUGUGGCGGCGUGGCCGGCGUUGCUCGGCGGCACCUGCAGGUUGCCUCCCUCCCGCCGGGAUCGAGUACCCUGGGGCCAGGCCCGCGGUGUUUGGGGCCGCGGGGGCGACGCCCAGGUGCGGCUGGCCGGAGGGGUUUUUCUCGCGGUUCGGAGCUGCUCCCUCUCGGGGUGAAGAAGGGUAACGGAAAAAGAGGCCCUUAAGAGGAAUCUUACCAGAUUGCAGACUCGAAAACUGUGUGGCAGACGUAGAGGGGUUGUUUUUGCUGGUUUCAAGAAUUCUGUUACCAGAAAACUCUUGUCUCUCAGCUGGCUCCAGCAGCUCGGUUGACAGUGGCUGAGGAGGGUCAGGCAGGUCUGGGAGAGGGACCAGCAUGGGGGCGGGGCGUCGCCGAGGAAGUGACUGAGUUGGAUGAACCCAGACAGCAGCAGAGGAAGGGAGAGAUAUUUAUUAAGUCCUCGUAAAACUUUUAGUCUCUUACAUAUGUGUCUUUUUUUCCUUCUUCUAUUUUUUGGGGCAUGUACGUCUAAACCUGUGAUUGUGGCCAAAUCACUUAAUCUCUGUGUGCCUCCAUUUCCUCGAAUGUAAACGAGGAUGAUAAAAAGCACCUGCCUAGAAUUGUUAUCAAUAUUACAUGAACAGUAUCUGAUACAUAAGUAGUAUCUAAAUAUUUGUUGUCAUUAUUUCUUUUUCUCCAUACCUCCCUGGGAUGGGCCUGCUCUCUUGAUUCAUUUGUUUAUACAGUGAUACAUUCAUGAUUUCAUGUGUUUAAUUUUUUUUCCAGGUCCCAGCUCUUGCACACAUUUAAGAAGUAAUCUAUCAAGAAAUACCAGCCCUGGGAGCAAAGGGAGAAUCACUGUCUCUCCAGCUCCUACCCAGGAAUACACCAUUGAAAUAUCAACUAUAGGGACCCUUUACCCCACAGGAGGGUAGAAUUUUGAUUCUCUGUAUGGACCCCAAAUGUAUCAGUCUUUUCAUUCAUUGCCUCUGGAUUUGGGUUCAUAAUUAGAAAGGCUUUCUUACAGAAUCAAGGCCAGAGGUAUGAAUAAGGUGGCGAUUCUGAAGGGAAGAUUUUUGUAAGGAUGGACCCACACCAGCAGAUUGCCAGCAUAUAUAAUAGGGAUACAUUACAGAUUCCCAAGUAUGAAAAAACCUCUCAGUAUAUGAACCAGGUACAAAGGCAUGAGGACAGGCCCACAGAAGAAAGACGGUAUACAUGUAGUGAAUGUGGAAAGAAGUUUGCUCAGAGCUCAGGCCUUGUUCGACAUCGGAGAAUCCACACUGGAGAGAAACCCUAUGAGUGUCAUCACUGCGGAAAAGCCUUCAGUGUGCGCUCAACCCUCACUGUGCAUGAAAGAAUCCACACUGGCGAGAAGCCCUAUACUUGUAAUGAAUGUAGGAAAGGCUUCAGUGUGAGGGCACACCUGAUCAUCCAUCAGAGAAUCCACAAUGGAGAGAAACCCUAUGAGUGUAAUGAAUGUGGCAAAGCCUUUAGUGUGAGCUCAGACCUUAUCAAACAUCAGAGAAUACACUCUGGUGAAAAGCCCUAUGAGUGUGACGAGUGUGGGAAAGCCUUCAGCGUGAGCUCAGCCCUCAUCAAACAUCAGAGAAUCCACACAGGAGAGAAGCCGUAUGAGUGUAAGGAGUGUGGGAAGGCCUUCUAUGUGAACUCCGCCCUUAUUAAUCAUCAGAGGAUUCACUCUGGAGAAAAGCCCUAUGAGUGUGGAGAAUGCAGGAAAGCAUUCAGCCAAAUCUCCACCCUUAUCCAUCACCAGAGAAUCCACACUGGAGAGAAACCGUACGAGUGUGAUGAGUGUGGGAAAGCUUUCCGUGGGAGUUCUAAUCUUACUAAACACCAGAAAAUACAUGGCAAAGGAAAGUGUCCGCAGUGAUUUAUGUGGUGAAGAUAUUCCAGAGGCCUUUUUUGUAUCAGAAGUUAACACCAAAAGAAGGGUAUGGUAAAAGUUAGUGUGUGUGUUUUUUUUUAAGUUAGUGUUUUAAUUGAUACUUGGUCCCUUAGAAUAUUGAAGAAGUGAGAAGUCAGUGAAAAUGACUCCAGAAUGGUGACUAGUUGAAAUUCUAAAAUCACAUCUACUGAGAAUGCCACUUUCCAACUCAUAAGGUAAAGCCAUUUAAAUAUAUACCGUAAUGUAGUUUGUUUUGGUUUAGGAAGAGCAAACGUCAGUAAUUCAAACAUUGUUUUUAUUUUUCUCAUGUACAAGCCUUUUGUUGUUGCUGCCAGUAUUAUGGGUGAAACUUAGGAUUCAGCUGUUUUGAAAUCGGAAGUAGUGUUGAUUGGUGGGACAGGAACCACAUAUUCUCAUUGUUUCUGGAAAUACUAACCAAUUGGUUUUCCUUUCUUUGCCUUGGAUGUACCUCUGUUCUCUCAGGAGUGAUUAGAUAGAUGGGUUAGUAACUUCCUUGGCAGAGGGUAGACUGCCUCUUUUUAGGUAGGAAUCCAGUAGAUAAUUCUUCAGGGUCAUUCUUGCUUUGCCAACAAAGUCCCAGGCCUUUUGACUUACUGAUCCAAUAAACCCCCUACACCUGACGGAGCUUCCUGAACUAAAACAAAACAAAAACAAAAAGCCAGGGGCGCCUGGGUGGCUCAGUUGGU